CAUUCGAUUGAGCUCUCUCAGUGUGUUGUUCCUGUUUUUGUUUCGGUCGUUUCGCCGUUCUUCUGUGUUCAACAAUGUAAAAUCGAAUGAUUGUAUACUUUAAAAUGGUAUGUGUGUUCAGUAUUUUGUAAUGGCCUUUUAUGAAAGCACGCGUUUUCGUUGUCGAUCUCACAUCUCGUCUUCGUACUCACCUCAGAACACAUCAAAAAUGAUAUUUUAGUUUGAUUUUUCAUGAAGAAAAUAUUUCUUUCUGGUUCAUUUUGUGCAUUGUUUUAAUUUCUAUUCCGUUCAACCAAAUGAACAAAUUUUUUUUUCAACCCAAGUGAAGUGAAUUUUGACAGAGAAACGACGAAAAGUAUAUAAUCCGUUUUUUUUUUUAAACCACAGUAAUAACGCGAUAUAAACAGUUGUUUAACGUGAAACUUGAAAUUCAAACGUGUGUAUUUACCGAAAACAGCAACAGAGAAAAAAAAACAAUAUAUAUACAUAAAAUAAAAACCGAAUCGGACAUUUUUUUCGGUGGCCGCUUUAGAAUAUGUUUUGGUGUUGUUUGAAUGAAAUAAAAUCGUAAAUAAAUGACAACAACGACUGGAAAAAUAAAGCGAAAAAAAAACCCAACAAAAAUAAAGAAUGAAAUGUCAGUGAAUGUUUUACAACAAACCGACCAACCAAUUUACAUUUGUCGAUACAAUAUCAUUGGUGCACUUACAUGCAAAAACGAAAAAAGGAAAUAAUAUUCGUACUAAAAAUUGACAUCAAGCAGCAGCAACACCAACAAUAUCAUCAACAAUAAUAAAAAAAAAAAAAAAAAUAAAGCGCACGGAACGCGAGAAUCGUGCGCAAUAAGUGUUUAAGUGGAAUUAUUAUCAUUGAUAGUGGCAAGGACAGUGUGUCGCAAGCGAGUGCCGAAAAUUUCAACGUACACUCACAAUACAUCAAUCCCAAAUAGCAAUACACCAAGAACAAAAACAAACAAGAAAAAAAAACGCCAAAGCCAAACAUAAUGAAUAUGCUCCAACGUACGAGAAAAUCCGAUGAAAAGCCGAACAAUUAAGUGUCAAAUUAGCAAUCAGACACACAUCAAUUGAGAAACAAAAAAGAAUUACGUGUGCACGGUUAAAUUGAUCAAAUAUAGAAUUAUAGUGUUAUUGUGGAGCGCAUCGGCGUGUACCACAAGUAGCAUUCAUUCGUAUGGAUGCAGGAAGUCUACCAACGUUUCCGAAUGCCAAUUCGGCACAUCAACUCAACCAGCAACAACUUCAACAGCAACAAGCGCCAUCGGAUAUAUCCAAAAUCAGUAAUGGGCUGGAACGGCUGAAGAAACGUAUGGGAAAUUAUCGACAACAUCAUACGGAAUGUGGCCCACGAUUCGAUCAAUCCUUCACCGGAGCCUGCGAACAACAGAGCAUCGAAACGGUGACACUGCAAAAGCGCUUCCUGGAAAACAAAGCGAAAAAAGCAGCCAAGAAAGCGGAUAAAAAGCAACCAGAAAACGCAUCUUUGGCUGGAAAUCUGCAGAGCAGCGUUCAUGUUAAAAUGGCAGGACGACCAAACCACGAAAAUUCACCGUUUUCGGGCAACACACACCGAUCACUGAUGCUAAUGAAGGAUAUGUGUGGAAAUUACAUGGUGCAGAAAAUCUUCGACACCGGCACUGAAUCCCAGCGACACGAGUUGCGUCAGGUUAUUCAAGCGAAUUUCAUGAUGCUUAGCAUGCACAAGUAUGCAUGUCGUGUGGUUCAAGUGGCAAUCGAAAAAUCGCCAGUACAUCAGCAAAUUUUCAUGAUACAAUCGGUUUUUCCAGACGAUAUCGUUGAAUUAGCCAAAAAUGUCAACGGGAAUCAUGUCAUGCAGCAAUUGUUUCGAUGCGUGCCUUUGAAUGUACAGGACUAUCUGUUCGACAGGGUAAGGAAUCAAAUCAUUGAAUUGUGUUUGGAUUCGUAUGGGUGCCAUGUGGUUCAAUGCAUUUUCGCUAACGGAUCGCCGAACCAUCGCAGCGGAAUUUUCAAUGCAAUCACUGGAAAUGAAUACGUAUUGCUUGAAUUAAUCCAACAUCCCUACGGCAAUUACGUCGUUCAACAUGCAAUUCGUAAGUAG